UCCAAUUUGAUUGGCCCGGCGACUCACACACAAAACAAAUCAGCUUUACGGACGGAGAACAUUCCACAGAGAAAAUCCUCUAAAGACAAUAUUUGUUAUUCUACUGUGAACUGUUUACAGCUGACAGAAACCGAAAAUGAUCGAGGUGGUUUGCAACGAUCGCCUGGGCAAGAAAGUCCGGGUCAAGUGCAACUCAGAGGACACUAUCGGAGAUCUGAAGAAGCUCAUCGCUGCUCAGACAGGAACACGUUUUGAUAAGAUUGUACUAAAGAAAUGGUAUACCAUAUUCAAGGACCACGUGUCUCUGGGUGACUAUGAAAUCCAUGAUGGGAUGAACCUGGAGUUGUACUACCAGUAGACCAGAGGACCACCGGCUGAUGCCACACAGACCCUUUUUAUUGAGACGCGACACACACACACACACACACACACAAACCAUCAUGAUCAUCAAAGAGAGAGCAGUGUCUACUUUGUUUUAGCUUAUGAAUUCUACCUGCAAAUUGUGUGAAAUACAUGUUCAGUUUUUGUUUUGAUAUUCUGGAAAUAAAGUGGAUAUUUACCUACUAA